AUGAUCACGAAGGAUCAUGUGCGGGCUGAAGUCUUCGGAAAGCUGCAAGAGCAAGGACAAGUGUUCUGCGACGAGCUGCCUCGCGGCUUGGAGCUCUGUGGCUUCGUCGGUAUCAAGAAGGAAUGGGUUCAGUCAGAGCGUGACAAGGUGACCAAGUCUGCCACUAUGGAGCUGGAAGAGUUCCUCGAGUUCGUGAAAGGCUACGAGGUCCUCCAAGAGAAGGCUCACAAGGAUGCCUUCCUGGAGGCAGAUCUCGAUCAGUCCGGCACCGUGGAGUCUGCCGAGCUGGCAGAGGUUCUCGAGAAAUUGCACAUUGAGCCUAUGACUCAUGUGCUGGAUGAAGUCAUUCGAGAGGUGGACGAGGCAGGACACGGGGAGCUGGUCUACGAGGAGUUCAAGCACCUUAUGGACUUGCUCAUCCUUCGGGAGGGCUUCACUAGCAGCGAGUACGACCAGUUCAUGGAGAUGUUUGCAAGGUUUGACAGGGACAAUUGCGGCAAGAUCGAUGCGCAGGAGUUCCAUGCCGUCUUGAAUUGGUUGGGCUAUGCUAUGACAGUGGAGGAUCUGCUGCCGAUUAUGAAGGAUUCAAACGUCAAGCUGACGGGUGUGAUGAACCACCGCGAGUACUUGAGGUGCCUCCGCAAGGUGCGAGAGCACGAGCUGCAGAAGGUCCGUCGAGUGUUGGCCACCAUUUCGGGGCAGAAUACCAAUGGCACCAUCUGCCUGCAGCAGUCCGAUGUCCCGGUCGUUCUGAAGCAGCUGGGGUACGACAUGUGGGACAAUCAGGCCAUUAGCGAGGCUGCAUCGGAAGCUGGGCUUCGGGGAAUGAGCACGCUGGACUUGAGUGCUCUCUGGCGGCUUUUGCUGGUCUACCGCCAGCGAGAGGGCAUGCGGAACGAGGAGCUGCAGAGCAUCGAUGCAGCUUUCCGCAGGAACGACCAGGACGGCUCGGGCGAGCUCAAUUCCCUGGAGGUGCCGUCUGCCGUUCGCGACCUUGGGUACAAGGUCAGCUUCGAGGCCAUGCAGAGUGUCCUGCGGCAGGUGGAUGUUGACGACUCUCAUCGACUAGAGCCGCGACAGUUCCGCAAGAUGGUCCGCAUGCUGCAGGAGCGCGACAUGGUCUGCUUUCAGCAGGCCUUUGAUGAGCGCGAUCCAUGCAGUUUGAAGGUCAUCACGAUGACGGAAGCGGUUCAGGCCUUUGCAGGUCUUGGCUUUGAAGACAAGGAGUACCUCCGCAAUGUGGACAUGCCCUUGCCGCUGCCCGGGAUCGGUGUUGUAGUGCCUCGGGACGGCUUCUUGCGUGCAUGUCAGAAACAUUGUCGUGCGACUCGCGAGGCCAUCAAGAGAAACGGUGGCUGGACGGAUCCGGAGGUGCAAGAACUGCGCUCCUUUUUCAAGCGCUAUGAUCUGGAUGGCUCAGGGCGAGUCACAAAAAACGAGCUAAUUCAACUCGUUGAGGAUGUGGUGCCAGAGCUGGCCAAAGAAAGGUCUAAGCGGCCACAGCUCCUGGCUCUGCUGCGAGAGGCGGACCAGGAAGCCACCGGCAGCUUGGAUUUCGCCGCCUUUUUGAAGCUCUUAGGCCUCUUCAGCGCCUUCAAGGACAAAGAGCGGCUGAGGAAGGAGCAACAGGCCAUCCAGGAGACGGGCUUCACCAACCAGGAGGUAGCUGAGUCUCGGGAACUCUUCCUGAGUUCCCUUGGCGACUCGCAAGACCUGGGCUUUGAUGAGUUCCGGGCCAUGAUUCAUGGAAUCACGCCCUUGAAUGAUGCCCGCACGAAGCAGCUGGAGGAGAUCUUCGCCGAGGUCUGCAAGAAGCAGCCAGAGGCAGACUUCCCCAACUUCCUGGUGUUGCUGAGGAAGCUGCUGGACCUCGACUUUGCAUCGAUCAAGGACAAAACCAGUGGACCUCUGCAAAAGUGA